AUGGCUCCUCUACCGGAGUAUGAUAAGGAACCGAAAGCCCCAGAUAAAAGUGUCACAAAUUUAUCUGCCGACGACUCGAAAGUUUCAUACAACCUUGUUAAGGAACAGCAAAAUAAUUUGGACCAUAAAUCUUCUAAUGCCACAGCAAACGCCGAAAUCGAGAAUAACAAACACGUGGGGGCUCUGGACGACGGACAGUUGCGCGCUCUUCUGGAUGAGGCUAUAGCGUACAAACGUCCAAAAGAUAGAGAAGGAAAAAGCAGUCUUUUCAAGGAGCUGCUGGAGGAGGUGGAGCAGGACGAGCAGGCGUGCGAGGCGGCGGCGCGGGGCGCGGGCGCGGCGGGCGCGGGGUGCGCGGCGGGCGCGCGCGGCGGGCGGCGCGGCGCGGCGCACGGGCGGCGCGCGCUGCCGCACUCCAACUCGCUGCAGGACCUGAUGGCGGCCGCGCUCGCCGCCGAGGCGCCGCGCCACCGCGCCGCCGCGCACCCGCCGCCCGCCAGCGUCUCGGCGCGCGCGCACCACGGCGGCAGCCUGCCCUCCGGCGUCGACACAUCGUCCAUGCUGAGCGAGGAACCGACGCGCGGUGGAUACCUGGCGACGGUGCGUUGUGUCAACCCGCCACCGCUUGCCGAGAGACGCGUCUCCGCGAGCGAUGCGAACGGACCACCAGACCCCGACACUAGCAGACGGAGUAAGCCUAUGUUCCCAAUAACAUACACGGCGCGGGCGACACUCGAGAUCGGGAGCAGCAGCGUGUGUUCCGGCCGAGCCGUUACCACCACAACGCCAUCCAAUCAGGUGCGUACAACACCUAGCGCGAACGUACGUUCAAACAAACUCUUUUAUCAUAACAGGACUCUUCAUCGUCAUCAGAUCGCAGACCUGGCCGAGAGCCGAAGGCCGGUGACGAGCGGCCCUCCGGAGAGAUUGUAUACGAAGGCACGCUUAUAUAACCCCGAGAUGAGAAGCCAGGCGAUGUUGAUGAAUGCUUUGCGACCUAAAGCAUCUCCCAUUAACGAAACAGUUAAAUUGGAAGCAAAAAUGAAUACGACAGAUGUAUUAGAUAUAUCACGCGAUCUCAAUAAAUCUCUUGCACAACAUAAUGAAUGCAUUUGUGCAAAUAACACAUACGAAACUAAACGAAAACAAUCAGUAGAAAAUUAUAUGAGUUCGGAAAUGUGGAUGAAGAAUGUCCAGAAUUGGUAUAAGGGCUUAAAUAAUUACUUUGUGCCUUGUAAUACGAUCCAAGAUUAUUAUAAAAAUAAUGAAACUGUACAAAAUCCACAGGAUUUUCAUAAAAUUACCAAUGACAAUUAUAACACUUACACAAACACUUUGACCCUAUUUCCAUCAAAACAAAAUUUACAGAAAUCUGAGAAAGAACCUAUUUCUGCAAGUACAGCCAAUAAAGUAAAAACAGUAAGAAAUAAACAUGAUAAUCAAGGUUAUUCUCAAGGAAUGAAAAAUAACACUAAACUUGAACCAAAUUCCGAAAUUUGUUGUGACUUUGAAUAUAGGAAUAACAAUUACAAUAAAAUCAUAAACAAAAAUUUAAUCAUCCCAACUCUGUCCUCAAACAACCCAAGAAAUUUUAGACGUACAACAGUCGGCAGCAUUAUGAAAAAAACAUGUGAUUUUACUCAAACAUCUGAAAUGAAUGAUAAUUGUUCUAUAGAAACCGACUAUAGAGAUAAAGAUUUAUGUAUUAUUCAAAAGAACGUUUUAAAUAAUCAAAACCCCGAAAUAUCUACAGCUACAGGACAUAACAAGGAAACAGUUGAUAAUCAUUUGAAAAACAUAUCAAAGAACAUUGAUGAAACCAGAGAACCAGGACACGGCAAAGUUUUUGAAUUUAACGAAGUAACGAAAUCUUGUAUCAACUCUCUUGAAUCUAAUUCUGAUGUAGAAAUGGUAAAUUUUAUGUCCAGUGGUGCCAUGGGCAAAAGUAAUUCAUUUUCACAAUUUGUAAAUGACCAACAAAAAUUAUUCCAACUAUUAGAAGAUGAGUGUAUUAAAUCUGAUCCUGACAAAACUAUUAUCGCUCAAAACAAAAUUACAGAACCUUUCAGAAAAAAUCAGAUUCUAGAUUUUGAUUACAAGUCAGCAGAGAUUGUGUCAAAAAACACUAUCAAAGAUAACAUUGAAUCUUCAAAAAACAUAAGUGAUAUUGUGUGUAAAGUGGAUGUGAAUCAAAAAAUUGAAAAUUCAAAACUCCAAAGUGAUAGUGAACAGACACAGGACUGUGUAGCUGAAGAAAUAUAUGAAUCAGUACCAUUGCAUACUGAUUAUAUAACUUUAACACUCCCUGUUAGUUUUCUUUCAUCCCUUACUAACACAAACAUAGGAAACUCUACACGAUUAGUUAAAGUUAAUAAUAAACAUCUGAUCCCUAAAGAAAAAAUUUAUAAAUUAGAGAAAACUAGUGAUCCUAACUCGGAACAAAAGUUAACAAAGAGAUCUAAAGAUAAUAAGAAGGCUAGAAAAUCGGCACUUACUGUACUUCUAUUCAAGAAUCUGUUUCAAAGAGCAGGCAGCUUAUUAUCCGACGUACAAAUGAUAACUCCUAAUUACAAUAAAGAGGUCGAUUCCACGAUACCGUUUAGUUGCAUCACAACACCGGAGGUUGUGGCUAGUUGCAACACGACGUCAUCCACUUCACAAUCAGCCGUCGCUGACGACCCCAAGCCUCGCAGCGUGGUGUCGAGCAGCUUCAACGGACUACCGCUGACCAGGCCGAGCUACGGGUCAACCACAGCCGCAACCGACGACUGUAAGAAAUCACUAGACGAAAAUGGCAAUGCGGUACAGGGAUUCAGCUCGCCCCUAUCCGGAUCUAGUCAACAUAAAAAACCUAGGAGGAAAAAGUCUUCCAAGAACGAGACCGUUAUUAAAUCUCAGGAGAUCGACGGCUAUCAAGGCAAUAAGGACCUUAACGAAGUGUUGCGUUUCAUCGAAUCGAACGCAGACAGCGCGCGUGGGAACAAGAUAGGGCGCGCGAAACACAAGGACGACUCCGAUGACAAAGCCAGCAAGAAACGUUCUACGGAACGUCGCAAGGAUAAAGAAAAUAAAAUUAAGCGCGCAACCUCCAUGGAGGAGCUGUCUCGAACGAAGUUAUCGGAUCUAACUGACAAGCCGGUGCCGCGAGCCGAGCCCGCCAAAGCCGAGCGGCGUUCGUGGGGCGAGGACGCGCGGGAGCCGCGCGACACUUUCUACCUGCGCGACGACACCGAGCUGACCGACUUCCAGACCGUCACCAAGAAGCGCAAGCCGAAGCGGCGCGCCGACGAGCCCGAGCCGGCGCGGCGAGCGCGCGCGCCCGAGCCGCGGCCGCGCCGCGAGUCCGCGCCGCCCUCCGACCGCAGCAACGACUCCACCGACGACAUGGACUCGCUGCACUCGCUGCCCUCGCUGCCCGCGCCCGCGCCCGCGCCCGCAGCGCCGCAGCCCGCGCACGCCUCCUACGCGGACAUCGCGCGCACGCGCCACAACAUACCCGACCUCAUCGAGUCGUGCAACUUCUACGCCGAGGGCGAGCCCGCCGCCGAGCCGCUCCGCCGCGACCCGCCGCCCGAGCCCGCCGAGCCCACCGAGCCCACCGCGCCCGGGGACUCGGACUACCCGGCGCUCGACGCGCGCGCGAGGAGGCGCGACAAGACGGCGCCCAGACCGCCCCGAAAAGAGCGUGCCGAACCGCGCGCGGCCGACUGUCCCGCCCCAGACGUCGUGUCGGACCGACGGCCGGCCGUCAUCCUGCUGGACUGCGCGUCGCAGCCGCGCGACAUGGACGGCGUGACGUUCGGGUUCGACAUCAACGAACAGCUGGUCGGGGCCGGGCGGCGACCGCGCUGCGACCUGGUGCGCGACGCGCUGGAAGGCGCCGUGGCCGUGGCGGCGGGUGGCGCCGCGUUGCGCUACGUGCCGCCGCACGCCGCACACGACGCUCGCCGCCUGCACCACCUGCACCAGCUCGUGCACUACGUGGGCGCAGCUUGGGAAGAUGUGGUGCGAUGUGGUAAUGGCAAAGUACGUUACUUUAGCGAGUAG